AUGGAGACGCAACCAGCGAAGCAGGCGUCCGAGCCGUUUUAUGACAUCGUCAUCGUCGGAGCCGGGCCUGUGGGGCUCAUGCUCUCGACGUGCCUGGCAAGAUGGGGUUAUAAGAUCAAGCACAUCGACAAUCGAGCAGAACCAACACCAACAGGCCGUGCCGAUGGUAUACAGCCACGUUCUUUGGACCUGCUCCGGAAUAUGGGUCUCAAGUCCGCGAUCAUGGCGCACAAGCCAGCGAGGGUCUACGAAGUAGCAUUCUGGGACCCUCCACGGAAUGGAAAGGGUAUUGCCCGGACAGGAACUUGGGCCAGUUGUCCCAGCUUCAUCGAUGCGAGGUACCCCUUCACCACACUACUACACCAGGGCCUCAUCGAGCGCGUUUUCAUUGCCGACCUGGAGAAGAACAAAACACAGGUGCAGCGACCGUGGACAAUCAAGGGAUUCAGCGUCGAUGAGAAGACCAACCCCGAGUACCCUGUAGAGGUCCAGCUAGAGCAUGUGGACGGCACAAUGAGUGAGAGUGUGCGGGCUAAGUACUUGUUUGGCGGUGAGGGCGCCAGGUCCUUUGUGCGUGAUCAACUCAAGAUAGGAAUUACGCACAAGGACCCAAUAGCCCACGUAUGGGGCGUUAUGGAUGGCGUUGUCAAGACCGACUUCCCGGACAUCAAGAAGAUGAAAUGCACAAUACACUCCGAGCACGGCUCAAUUAUGGUUAUCCCGCGUGAGGCCAACAUGGUGCGCCUGUACAUUCAAAUUGCGUCCUCGACAGAUCCAGAUUGGAACCCACGCAAGACAGCGACUGCCGCCGAGGUCCAGGAAUCAGCCAAGAAAAUACUGCAACCGUACUCCAUAGAAUGGGAAAGUGUCGAGUGGUAUUCUGUGUACCCUAUCGGCCAGGGGAUAUCUGAUCGGUACACAUUGGACCACCGUGUGUUCCUCGGCGGAGACGCUUGUCACACACACAGCCCCAAGGCUGGCCAGGGCAUGAAUACCGCCUUUCUCGACGCGCAGAACCUUGCCUGGAAGAUCCAUGCAGUCGAGGGUGGUUUCGCGGAUCGGGGAAUCCUCAAGACAUACGAGCCGGAGCGCAAGGAGGUUGCGGAGACACUACUGUCAUUUGACAACCGGUAUGCAAAGUUGUUCUCGGCACGGCCGCCGCCUGCAAGCACGGUGGAGGCCGCGUCCGAGAGUGCCAACAGCAAUUCAUUUGAGGAAAGCGAAUUUGUCAAGACAUUCAAGGAAUCCUGCGAAUUCACCAGUGGGUACGGAGUUGCAUACGGGCCCAAUGCGCUCAACUGGUCGUCCGAGCACCCGGUGCAAUCGUCGCUGGUCCACCCCACGGGCACCAAACUGAGGACGGGGAGGCUUUUGAUCAACGCUGAUGUGACGCGUGUCGUCGACGCCAACGUGGUGCACCUGGAACAAGAAAUCCCGCUCAAUGGUUCAUUCCGCAUUUUUGUAUUUGCAGGCAAGCCCUCUGUCACAACUAAAGCGCUGGAGGAUUUCGCGAGCAAUCUCAGCCGUCGGGGCUCUUUCUACACAGCGUACCAGCGCCCGGACAUGCAGAGUGUGUCUCAUCACGAGCAAGACAACCCCCACAGCUUGUUCUUCACCAUCUGUACGGUGUUCGCCAGCCCUCGCAGCAGCAUCGAGAUCAGUCGCGACACACCCGAGCUCCUGGCACGCUACCGGGACCACAUCUACGCGGACGAUCGGUGGGAUCGACGUGUGCCGGAUGCCAAGGCGGCUGCGCACGCCAAGAUGGGGCUGGACGAGGAAAGAGGUGGCGUUGUCGUGGUGCGGCCUGACGGGUACGUUGGCAUCGUGGUGUCACUCGUGGAGGGCAGCGGGACGGUGGACGCCCUAAACCAGUAUUUUGGGUCCUUCUGUACUAAACAGUUGGGUGGUGCGGUGUCUCAGCUAUAA